UAAGAGUAAGAGCUCUUGAAGCAGCACAUAACUACAAACAUGCAUUUUCCUACUAUUAGUCUCGUCUUUUGCCUUUUCGUUUUUCAACCGUUUGUAUAUGGUCAACUUGAUUACAAAUUUUAUGAUACCACUUGUCCUAAUUUGACGAAAAUCGUGAGGUUCGGUGUUUGGUCUGCGAUGGCUAACGAUACCAGAAUGGCGGCAUCACUUCUUCGCUUGCAUUUUCAUGACUGUAUUUCUAAUGGGUGUGAUGCUUCGGUGUUACUUGAUGAGACUAGUAGUUUCAGGAGCGAGAAGGACGCUCUUCCUAAUCUAAAUUCAGCUAGAGGGUUUGAGCUUAUUGAAAGCAUAAAAGCAAAUGUGGAGAAAGUUUGUCCUAAAACAGUUUCGUGUGUUGACAUAUUGACACUCGCUGUGAGAGACGCAGUUUUACUGACGGGAGGGCGUUAUUGGAAUGUAGCCCUGGGACGUCGAGAUGGUCUCACAGCAAAUAUAACUGCGGCAAACACGAUGACUCCAUCACCUUUUGAGUCUUUAGAUGACAUUAUUGCAAAAUUCACAGCAAAAGGUCUUGAUAUAAAAGACGUAGUUGCAUUAUCAGGUGCGCAUACCAUAGGAUUUGUACAAUGCUUCGCGUUCAAGUUCAGACUAUUCAACUUUAGUGGAACAGGGAGUUUUGAUCCAUCACUAGACGCAUCAUUUGCAAGUAGUUUGCAAACUCAGUGUCCGAAUCAAGAUGCUUCGGACACCACACUAGUCCCUCUUGACGCGGUGACAACUACAAAGUUUGACAACAUGUUUUUCAGGAAUCUUGUGAACAACUCGGGGGUUUUAGGUUCAGAUCAAGCUCUUAUGAGUGAUAAUAGGACCUCGGCCAUGGUUAUAAACUAUAGCAAGUAUCCGUUCUGGUUUGCUAAAGAUUUUAGUGAUUCGAUGGUUAAGCUAAGCAACGUGGGUGUAAUUACGGGGCAAAAUGGUCAAGUUAGAGACAAAUGCAACCUUGUGAACUAGAAAAUCUGUAGCUUUUCAUGGUUGUUGUAGAUUGUGUUUCAGACUUGUUUAUGUUUUUGGAUGAAUAAUUAUGCUUAUUGCAAAUAUUGAAUUCUGCUAUAUGCGACAAUUUCAACUCA